GCUUAAGGCAAAAGCGCAGUAAGAAAACAGCUAUGGAGGUGUGUGUACCAACUUUUAGCGUUUCCCUGUUACACCUACACCUGCCAAACGUCAUUAGAUUAGCACAGAAAGCAUAAAGGACAACUAUCUGUCUGUCUGUCUGUCUGAAUGUUGCUAACGGCUAAACUGAUAAGCUGCUGUGGCCUGCUUAAAGAGAUCUCGGUCAGGCUAAUGUUGGAUCUUUAUUGAGCUAAUUGCCCAUCUGAUUACAUUAAUUGGUCCCAUCUGCGUGGAGAUUAGCCUCUUAUUGCUGCCAAACCCAGCCGUUCAUGCUUUGAUUCUGGAGGCUAACAUGGCCAGAUCGGCUGAAUCGCUUUAACUGAGCUGUGUCAGGAAAAAUCACGCCAUAAAGUCUCAGGUUACGGUGCCCUGGGUUUGUCGAGUGUCUCGUAGCGCUUUCUCUCUCUCUCUCUCUCUCUCCCCCCGCCCCCUCCCCUCCUGCUCUCCUGUCCUUGUCCCUGCCUCCUUGCUGGGGGAAGAGCCACCGGUGCCGUCCCCCCUGUGAUUGGUCUGGGGAGUUCCUCUUGCCCCAGCAGCACUGCUGUGCCGUGCUGAGAGCUCGGGGGACGUGUUUCAACAGAUGGUGGCGGGGGUGAGCGGGUGUCAUCGCAGUGGAGAAAAGGAUUUAGAGGAGGAAGGUUGUCUUCUAGGAGCAGUGCUGGUCCUUCCCCCUACUCUCUCUCCACUCUCUCUCUCGCUCACUCCUCGCUGAAAAGCUCUACCUACACAAGAAGAGGAGCACAGAGGAGAGAGUCAAGCAGUGAGGAAUCUUCUCUCGUUCCCACACACUUCCUUCGCAGCGUCCAGAUAUUUUGCUGAAGGCUCCAGCUCCUCCAGUGGUAUUCAGCUGUUCCCCUAUCUCCCCAUCCCCUUCUACUCCUCUUCCUCCUCCUCCUCCUCCUCCUCCUCCUCCUCCUCAUCUGACACCAUGAAGUCCGUGUGCCUGGGCUGGCUCCUGGCCCUGGGCCUCAUGCUGGCCAAGUUGUCGUCCUCGUCUGCCUUCACCACGCGGAGCCAGGGCCUGCGUGGCCGAGUCCAGCGCGACCGCCGCAACAUCCGGCCCAACAUCAUUCUCAUCAUGACCGAUGACCAGGACGUGGAGCUCGGUUCCUUACAGGUGAUGAACAAGACCAGGAAGAUCAUGGAGGACGGAGGGACCUCCUUCACCAACGCCUUCGUGACCACGCCCAUGUGCUGUCCGUCACGCUCCUCCAUGCUGACGGGGAAGUACGUGCACAACCACAACACGUACACCAACAACGAGAACUGCUCCUCGCCCUCCUGGCAGGCCCAGCAUGAGCCACGCUCCUUCGCCGUCUACCUCAACAACACGGGCUACCGCACUGCCUUCUUCGGGAAGUACCUCAACGAGUACAACGGCAGCUACAUCCCGCCUGGGUGGCGAGAGUGGGUGGGGCUGGUCAAAAAUUCCCGUUUCUAUAAUUACACCGUCUGUCGGAACGGCUACAAGGAAAAGCACGGGGCAGAAUAUGCCAAGGACUACUUCACGGACUUGAUCACUAAUGACAGCAUCAACUACUUCCGGAUGUCUAAGCGCAUGUACCCUCAUCGGCCGGUGAUGAUGGUGAUCAGCCAUGCAGCGCCCCACGGUCCCGAGGACUCGGCCCCACAGUACUCAGAGUUCUUCCCCAAUGCAUCGCAGCACAUCACCCCCAGCUACAACUACGCGCCCAACAUGGACAAGCACUGGAUCAUGCAGUACACAGGGCCCAUGAAGCCCAUCCACAUGGAGUUCACCAACUUCCUGCACAGGAAGAGACUGCAGACCCUCAUGUCUGUGGACGACUCUGUAGAGAAGAUAUAUGAGACGCUGGUGGAAACUGGAGAACUGGAAAACACUUACGUCAUCUACACAGCUGACCAUGGCUACCACAUCGGGCAGUUUGGGCUGGUCAAAGGGAAAUCAAUGCCUUAUGACUUUGACAUCAGAGUGCCUUUCUUUGUGAGGGGACCCAACAUUGAGGCAGGGGCAGUAAAUCCCCAUCUGGUACUGAAUAUAGAUUUAGCACCAACUAUUCUGGAUAUCGCGGGACUGGACACUCCUUCUGACAUGGAUGGGAAAUCAAUUUUGAAACUUCUUGAACAAGAGAAAACUGGAAACAGAUUCAAACCAAACCGUAAACCAAAAGUCUGGAGAGACACAUUCCUCGUGGAGAGAGGUAAAAUCCUGCGCAAGAAGGAGGAUGCUGGAGGCAGCCUGAGCACACCGCACACCAACAGCCUGCCCAAGUACAAGAAGGUGAAGGAGGCGUGCCAGCAGGCCGAGCUUCAGACGCCCUGCGAGCAGCCCGGACAGAAAUGGCACUGCGUCGAGGACAUAUCGGGUAAGUGGCGCCUGCUGAAGUGUAAGGGUAGCCUGAAGAACCAGGGCUCCAGGAAGCGUGCCCGGAGCCUGCGCUCACGCAGCAGUGGCGGAGGCGGAGGCGGCGGUGGUGGCGGUGGUGGUGGUGGCGGUGGCGGCAGACCCUUCGACAGCCGCGAGAAGGAGUGUGACUGCGGCGACCGUCCCUACAAGACCUCCAAGGCCGAGCGCGGCCGCGGGCACAGGCAAUUUGGGCAGAGCGGCAGCAGUCAGCGCUACAGGCCCCGCUUUGUCCACACACGUCCGGCGAGGUCCCUGUCUGUGGAGUUUGAGGGGCAGAUCUAUGACGUGGAUCUGCAGGCCGACGACCAAGAGGCCAUGAGGCCCCGAGCCAUCAGCAAACGCCACUACGAGCCCGUGGACGACUUUGGUUUGGAGUCAGACGACGGAUCUGAGGAGAUGCUCGCCGACGACACCAAUGCUGUGGGCAACCUCAACUCCCUCAAAGUCACCCACAAGUGCUACAUCCUUUUGAACGACACUGUGCACUGCGAGAGGGAGAUCUACCAGUCCUCCAGAGCGUGGAAAGACCACAAGAGCUACAUUGACCAGGAGAUCGAGGCUCUGCAGGACAAGAUCAAGCACCUGCGGGAGGUUCGGGGUCACCUUAAGAGGAGGCGUCCGGGCGAGUGUGACUGCGGCAAGAAGAGCUACUUUAGCAAAGGGCAAAGAAACAAACCUGAGAGGUCGAAGAAAAAGAAUGACCACCUUCAGCCCUUUAAGGAGGCAGCACAGGAGGUGGACGGCAAAGCUCUGUACAACGAGAUCCGCAGGAAGAAGAAGGAGAGGAAGGUGAGGAAGAGGCAGAAGAAGGGAGACGACUGCAGUCUGCCUGGACUUACCUGCUUCGCCCACAACAACGACCACUGGGCGACUGCCCCCUUCUGGAACUUGGGAGGAUUCUGUGCCUGCACCAGCUCCAACAACAACACGUACUGGUGUUUACGCACCAUCAACGACACCCACAACAGCCUCUUCUGUGAGUUUGCCACCGGGUUCCUCGAGUACUUCGACUUGAACAGCGAUCCUUACCAGCUGAGCAACACGGUGUUCACGGUGGACCGAGACGUGCUGAACCAGCUGCACCAACAGCUGAUGGAGAUGCGUAGCUGCCAGGGCCACAAGCAGUGCAGCCCGCGGCCCAAGGGCCUGGACACAGAACACAGCCAGGAUGGGACGGACGAAAGGGUUAAGCUGCCUAACUUCACAGAGGACUUUAACUGGCAAGGACUGUCUGAUCUGUACAGUGUGAACGAGAGCCUUUAUGAGCGGCGGGCCGACUACUGGCCCAGCCCAGACGACUGGACCAACUUUCAGAAGGAUGUAGAUAGUAUGUUUGCACUGCUGAGCAACCUAAAGAGACUUAACCAAACCAAUAAGCCUAACCUCCUGGCCGAGUCGGGCUCCGGGGACGGGGGCCCCGAUGACGCCAGUGGGGAGGGGGAGGGCCCGCCCCCAGUGCAGGACGAGUGGCCACGCCUGGUCGCGCUAAGCACCAUCCCCCCGGCCCCCCCAAACCAAACCUCCAGCAGCCCCCCCCCUCAGGAGCCAAGGCUGGAGGCUCUAAACGAGCUCCCGGAGGUGCCCCCGCCACCACCCCCCACCCCAAGCAUUAGCCCCUCCUGGCCUCGGGGCGACACCUGGCUCCAGCAGCUGGACGAGCUGGAGGACGGCGACGGUAUGGGCUUCAGCGGGAACGGACUGACGGAGCUGGAGACCCGCCACGAGCACAUCCUGCGGGCCCCAUCUUUCCUCAGCCUGCCCUCUGACCUCCGACCCGAGCCGACCUUGCUCCACACGGAACCACAGCAGCAGCAACACCAGGGGGAUGAUGAGGAGGAGGAGGAUAUAUUCCAGUCCCAGGGCUACCUGCCCCUAUCCCCACACCCAGCCCAACCUAGAGACCCUACAGGCAAUGACCCUCCGGCACAGCCAGUCACCUCCCACAGGGGACCACCAGAGCCCCCUAAACCCUCUGGGCUCGAGCCUCAGGACUGCGAGGGGAGCGGUUUCGCCCCUCUACCCGCCAAAAGCGCACUCUGAAGGGGGGAAGAGGCGGCCUUGAUGGCGAAAGAGAGCGCAGGGCUGUUUUCUUUUGAGUUUGUUUGAGGUAGAAAUCGUAUAAUAAGAAAAAUCAUAAUGUUA